AGGCCGCGUUCCAGUCCGCCGUGCGCCCCGGGAGCCUGGACGGCGGGGACGGGAAAGAAGGCGCUUUGGGGGCGCGGGGCGCCGUCCCGUAGCCGCCUCUCCCAGCAGCCCGGCAGGUUCCAGUGACCUUUGGGGACGUGGCUGUCUAUUUCUCCCCAGAGGAGUGGGCACUGCUGACAGACCGGCAGAGGGACCUCUACUACCAUGUCAUGCAGGGCAACUUUGAGCUGGUGACUUCACUGGGAGAGUCGAGGAUGAGCUGGCCGGAGUUGGCGAUGAAAGAGGAGCCGAGUGGGGACUGGAGCGUGGCUGCCUCCCCUCCCUGGUCCCGCUCGGGACCCCGGUUCCUUUCCCUCCAAGAGCUGUGUCCCACUUGGUGCCAGGUGGAGGUGACGGACAUACGGAGCCUUGCCCAAGAGGGGCCCCUGGAGAUGGGCGCGCUGCCGGAGCCCGAGCUGCUAAUCUGUGGCGAGUGCGGGAGGAGCUUUGAGGACGGGGUCUCCCUGGCGGACCACCAGGCCACCCACCAGGAGCAGAAAGGCCCCUUCGCCUGCCCUUCCUGCGGGAAGCUCUUCCUCUACCGCCUCAACCUCCUGACCCACAAGAAGCACCGGGCAAAGGCUCGGCUUGAUUGCGGCCCCUGCGGCCUCCGCUUCUGCCUCAAGGGGGACCUCCUGCGCCACCGGCUCAGCCACGCGGCCAAGGAACUCUACCCGUGCGGCACUUGCGGCGAGGCCUUCCAGCGCAAGGCCCACCUGCUGGCCCACAAGGCGGUGGAGCAUGCUGGGAAGGAGGCCCGCGAGUGCCCCGAGUGCGGGGAGGCCGUCGGCGGGGAGGCGGAGCUCGCGCAGCACCAGGCGGCGCACCGGGAGGAGGGCCGCCCCUUCGCCUGCGCCUUGUGCCCAGAGACCUUCAGCUGGAAGGAGGGCCUGCGGCUGCACCAGCGGGCGCACGCCCAGGAGGGGGGCCACCCCUGCCCAGACUGCGGGAAGAGCUUCAGCCGGCGCGGGAACCUCCUGGCCCACCAGCGCUUGCACACCGGGGACCUGCCCUUCGCCUGCCCCGAGUGCAGCCGCGCUUUCCCCACCAACGUCGCCCUCGUGGCUCACAGCAAGCUGCACCGCCGGCCCAAGAAGCUCCUCCAGCCGAAGGAGGAGGACGGGGUCAAGGAGGAGGGCGAGGCGUAAUGCUCCCGUUCUGCCUGUAGGUGGAGCAAGUCUGACUCAGGGAAUCCCUUCUCUCUCUCUCUCCAUUAUCUCGGACUUGCCAUAAAUCUGUUUUUCAAAAAC